GCUUCACGGAGAUACAUACCUGCUCUUUGAUGGCAUCGAGAACAUGAGAUAUCCGUAGUCAUGGUCAAUGCCGAGCUUUGUCCCGCCUCCGGAAAGAGAGCAUUUCUGCCAAAUGCAGGCGAGGUUGAAGUAGCAGUCCGAUAUCGCCAUGGAGCUCCAUUCAACCUGUUCUCCACUACCAUCUUCAACUCUUGCAUUGCUCAUUGCCACCAUUCCAAGUCCACUAUACCAUUGACAGAGAAACAGCAGACUCACAAUGCCGGUUAGCGCAAUUGACUCGUUCCUUUUCAAAAACCUCUUCGGCACUCAAGCAGCUCGAGACAUAUUCGAAGACUCCAGAUAUGUGGAAUGCUGCGUGGAAGUGGAGCUUCAACUAGCUCAGGCCCAAGCACAAUGCGGAAUUAUACCUGAGCAGGCAUCUGUUGACAUUGCCAAAGCGCUUCGCAGUGUCCGACUUGAUCACGACCGCCUUGCUAAAGAGACCGAUAUCGUGGGUUAUCCGAUUCUACCAUUAGUUCGACAGCUCUCUGAAGCGUGCGGAGAGGAUGCCGGGAAAUAUGUUCACUGGGGAGCCACGACACAGGACAUCCAGGACACAGCCGCCGUUCUGCAAAUGAAAGCUGGUCUGAACCUGGUCGAGGAACAACUAAAAGCCAUCAUCAAGACUUUAUCCUCGCUCGCGGAAAAACAUCGAGACACGCCCAUGGCAGGCCGUACUCACCUCCAACACGCUCUUUCAGUCACGUUCGGCUACAAAUGCGCCGUCUACCUCUCCAGCUUCCAACGCCAUCUCUCGCGGCUGCAGGAGAUGCGGCCUCGCUGCCUCCUCGUCCAAUUCGGCGGAGCAGCAGGAACUCUUGCAUCUCUAGGCUCAGACUCCACAAAGUCUCUCUCCGUCCGGGCUCAACUAGCCCAGAAUCUCAAUCUCUCCAAUCCCAGUAUCACAUGGCACACCUCCCGUGACAACAUCUCCGAAAUCAUCAACUUCCUCGCUCUCAUCGGCGGCAGCCUCGGCAAACUCGCUACAGACCUCAUCGUUAUGUCCUCGAACGAGUUCAACGAAGUCAGCGAACCAUUUGUCCCUCACCGCGGAGCAUCGAGCACCAUGCCGCAGAAACGCAAUCCCAUCAGUUCCGAAGUCAUCCUCGCAGCUUCGAAAAUGCUUCGUGCAAAUGCGGGGUUAUGUCUCGAUGCGAUGAUUACAGAUUUUGAACGUGCGACGGGACCGUGGCAUUUGGAAUGGGCUGCUGUGCCGGAAUCUUUUGUUCUCGUUGUAGGAGCGCUCUCGCAGGCGAAUUUCGCGCUUCCUGGGCUAGUCGUCAAUGUGGACUCAAUGAAGAGGAAUCUGGAUUCUACGAGGGGCUUGAUUGUGGCGGAGAGGGUGAUGAUGGAGUUGGCGAGGUUUAUUGGGAGGCAAAGGGCGCACGAUGUGGUUUAUGAGGCUUGUAGAGGGGCGAUCGAAAGUACGAAGGCGGAGAGGACGUUGUUCGAUGAGCUGAUGGCGAGGGAUGAGGUUACAAACGUCCUGGACGAGGAGACGCUGAGGGAGUUAUGUAGGCCAGAGGGCUAUCUUGGGGCUGCGGGGGCGCAGGUUGAUGCUGUGCUUGGUGAGAAUGUGAAGUUGGGUAUCUCUUGAGAUGCACAGCUGGACUCCUUGUCAUCAAGGGUUCUUGCUGAACAUGUCCGUCGGACAUGCAAAGUGGCAGUAGACGCAGAAUCGCUCUGCGAAGAAUGUCCUGACUUCUCCAUCAGUGUCCGCCUUUCUCUUGCUUCGCUCCAUUGCAUCGCAGACAUUCACCGCAAGAAUCUGGCCAACGCCUUCAAUUGCCCCUGGCGCACCACGACUCGUCUUUCAGCUCG